AUGGCGAAGAUUUAUGGCAUACUUAGGGCUUGGAAGGAACACUUACACCCACGACGUAUAGACCUGGUUGGGGAUUAUGCAGGGAGGGAGCUUUUUAUCGUUGAAGGGGACUCUCUUCUUCGUCAGGCCCUAAGUGAUGAAAGGAUAGAUAUAGAAGAUGGGUUUCAAUUGCUGCAUCUUGUCUAUGUUGUGGAAUCUUUUCUACUCAACUUGAAGAAGCGGGGAUGUAAUUUCCACUUAGUCUUCUUUGAAGAAAACAAGUAUAAUUCCAUUAUCGAAGGGGAAUCAAAGAGCAAAGAAAAUAACUACAAGUACCUAUUUGCACGCUCGGCGAUCAUCCAGCACCUCGUAAAUACUUCGGAAAAGGAGGAGAUCGAGGCCAAGAGCGAAGCAGGAGAAACAGGUUUCCGCGUUUUUCAAUUCCGAGAUCCAUAUCAUGACGAUUUUGAGCAGUAUCUUGAGACUACCAGGCCUUAUUUUGUCAUGUGUCACGACAGUAAGGGGGAAAUAAACAAAAAAGUCAAGCUCCUCAUGGUGGGAUUUGUCUGGAGGAUGAUUAUGGCGGAUUAUAAUGUUGCAUGGAUCAAUACAGCUGAGUUUCGGGAUAGUAAAGUUCUCAUAUCAAUUGUUCAGGGUGGGCCCAGAAUUAUGAUAAAGCAACUACCAGAUCAAUUGCACAUAGCCUACGAAUCGCUCGCCAGCGAACACCCCGAUGUUUCUUAUGACUACAAAUUCUCCGAAAUCUGCACAGACCAAGUUUUUACAGAACGAGAGUUGAUGGCCGUGGCUUCAAUAUCUACACUACUUAAAAGAGCGAGUGCAGAUUUCAGUGCAGCGGACUCAGACUUAGCGUCGUUUUUGUUGCACGUUGCACUCCUCGGCCACUUAUCUUUGCCUCAAAGACAUAUUGUCCCUGCACCAACAAAUGGGAUAAGAUCAAAAACCAGGCAAUUGAUUAUUAUCUCCUACCAUCUCCUAAACGACAAAGAUUACAUGCAUGCUGCCUCCCAGCUGAAGUGCCGAAAUAUACACGAUUUUGUCGACGGGAGAUUACUCGCGAAAUUGGAGCACGGAUUGGAGCACGGCGAUAUUCACCUUGAAUCUAUCCCAGAGGCUGUUGUAUCUGACUUUACCCGCAUGUCCAAAGCGAUCGAGCUAUCAUGUAGACAUACGGUCUUACUGAGCACGCUGUUUAAACCUAAAGAGCAGUCAUCUCGACUGCCCUCUUCCAAGAAGCCGAAAAAGAAGGCGGAGAACAAACCAAAGCACAAACAGAUCAAUGGGUCAAUGAACCAGACAAAGCUGAAAGUUCUACCAUUUUCAAAUCCAACAUUUGAUACCUUUUUAUCUCAGAUAAAACUGAACGUUGAUUCUUUGGCUGCUUCACAAGAGGUCAACGAAUUAAAGAGGGAAAUUUCUGAUAGGGACAAUCGGAAGCUCAGAAUAAUAACUAAAACCAACCGAAAUCUCCCAGUUUGGAAGCCUAGUACCAACAAAUGGCUUGCUGGGAGAGCAAGGAGAUAUGAACAACGGGGUGCUUCUGAUAUGACGAAGUACGCCGCGUCUCUCAUUGGCGCGAAGGGAAAAAUUUUGGAACCUAUUGUUAUUACAAACGGUCCUCGAAGCUUUCAACCAAACACCCAACCUGCCCCAGCGACCAAAGCCACACAGAAGGCGGGGAAAAAGGAACGACCGUUAAGUAAGAAAGAGCUUAUUCGCGCUGAAAACAACAAAAAGCUCGUUGGUAAGGGCGACCUCACUCUUUUGCGGAUAUGGAAAACAUUAUGUGGUGAUAUCCAGGAGACCACAGAUGAUCUUGCAAAGAUUUCGCAGCUAGAGCAAUUCCUGGACAAAAUCAACUCCACCUUGUCAGAGAAAGGCGAUAUUGUGGAUUGCGAAGUUCGGAUAUACAAAGUCUGGAUCUUACUGCGAUUUUGGACGGACUACUGUCGAAAAGAUAAAAGAGAGGAUGGAUACGAUGUUAUAGCGAAGGUCUUCAGUGAAGUGAAAAGUUUACUAGGCUCAAAGGGCCUGACGAAAGAGAUCCACAAGAUACUGAAGAAUCUCUUUGGGUCUUUAGGCGUAUCGCUGCCGCCUCGGUUGAUAUCAGAUCCAUUAUUGGAAAGUAAUCUAACCUUUAAGAUGCCUUGGGAUGGAAAUUCUCUGGUAGAUGUUAGGCUUCAGAUGACCUCCACGGAGUUUCAACUUUUGCAUUGCGGGCAGUAUAUGGAUCGAGAUAUGGAUUCAAAGCCAGAUCCUAGGGUUUCCUUUGAACCUGAUGGAUGGCAAAGAAAGGUUUUGGAUGAGAUUGAUCAAAAUAACUCUGUAUUUAUCGUUGCACCAACCUCUGCUGGAAAGACAUUCAUCUCCUUUUACGCCAUGGAGAAGGUUUUACGGUCUGGAGAUGACGAUGUCUUGGUUUAUGUUGCACCAAACAAAGCUCUGUUGCAGCAGAAGUUUUGGCACGUUUUCAAAAACGAUAUCCCCACGCUGGCAAGUCUGUUUGGGCAAUCCACACCCGAGACCGGCGUGUUGGUAACCCCACCGGAUGCCAAAUUCUCGUCACCGUACCUCACAUACUACAAAUCAUGCUUCUUGCGCCGAGUAAUGCAGAUUCCUGCGGAGGACGGUGCUGUUUGGGAGCAGCUCAUCAUGCUAUCACCAUGCCCCAUCAUUGCCCUGUCAGCAACUGUAGGAAAUCCAGAAGAGUUCAGCAAAUGGAUGAAAUCCACACAAAAGCCUCUUGGUAUCAAAUUGGAAAUGGUGCAACAUCACCACCGAUAUUCUGAUCUACGGAAGAUGGUUUACGUCACACCAAAGGAUUAUGAGUUUUCUGGUCUCGUAACAGAACGCAAGUUCCCAAGACUAGAAAGUUCACCAAGCUUUAUUCCGAUGCAUCCGGUUUCCUCUCUGGUCGAUACCUCUCGUGGUAUGUCGGACGACCUCGCUCUGGAGCCGAGAGAUUGUCUAUGGUUAUAUCGGGCCAUGAAGGAAAGGUCAACCAAAAAAUAUCCCGUGGAGCAAAGACUUGAUCCAGAAUUAUAUUUCUCAAAGUUCCCCAUAAUACACAAAAUCCAUGUAAUAAAUUGGGAGGCCGAACUUAAGACUGUCCUUAGACGUUGGAUGACCUCAGCUGGCUCACCUUUUCAUAGAGUUGUCCAAAAGUUGAUGGGUCCUUUGUGGGAGGAGCCCGCUAUGGUCCGCCAAAGGAACUGGGAGCGGAUGAAUAGUUAUCCGGCUGAAGGGGAUGGACAAUCUUUGGAGGAGGCUAUAGAAGCGGCCAGUAAUCUACCAGCCCUUCGCAGAUCCACCCUCCCUCUCCUUGACGAACUCAACAAAAAAGGCGCUCUUCCCGCAAUUAUAUUCUCCCAUGAUCGAUCCAUAUGCGAGAUACUUUGCAAUCAUGUUGCAGAAGAGCUAGCUUCUGCCGAAUCAAAAUGGCGGGAGAGCGAUGCCGGCUGGAAUGAGACCCUGCGCAAAUGGGAGGAGUACAAUGAAGUCAAGAAUAACUCCUUCUUGAAGCAAAGGGCUAAAAAGGAUGCCAAAAACUUUGAGGGCACCAAAGCAGAAAAACUUCAAGAAGAGACGGCAAAGGAAUCGAGUUUUUUUGAGUUCUUCGACCCAGAUAUCCCAUCUCCUCAAUUCUCAUUUGCGGACAAUAGUAAACAUAGCCGGGAAGAGUUAACGAAAGAGUUCGAGUUCCUUUCCAUGUUUAAAUUACCAGACGGGGCAUUUAAUGCCUUAAAGCGUGGAAUCGGUAUCCAUCACUCUGGACUCAAUCGUCAUUAUCGCCAACUGGUUGAGAUACUUUUCCGAAAAGGCUUUUUACGUGUUGUCAUUGCUACUGGAACCCUCUCGCUCGGAAUAAACAUGCCCUGUAAGACUGUCAUCUUUGGGGGUGAUAGUAUUUGGUUGACUGCGCUUGAAUUUCGUCAGUCAGCUGGAAGAGCUGGAAGACGUGGUUUCGACGACUUAGGAAACGUCAUAUUCCUUGGAAUACCAUUAGGCAAAAUUCGACGGCUCAUCAGUUCAAGGCUCCCUUCGUUAAUUGGGCAUUUCCCAAUAACAACAUCUUUGGUUCUUCGCCUCUUUGUCCUUCUACAUGAAUCCAAUGGCUCGGAACAUGCCAAGAAAUCUAUCAGCGCACUACUAUCACAGCCAAGGCUGUUUAUAGGCGGUGAUACUUUUAAAGAGCAGGUCUUUCAUCACGUUCGGUUUUCCAUUGAAUUCCUCCGUAGGCAGAGACUGAUAGGACCCGGCGGUGAGCCGAUCAACUUCUCAAGGCUUACGGGCCACCUGUGUCAUACAGAGGACAGUGGCUUUGCUUUUCAUGCUCUGCUUAGGUCUGGAUUUUUCCACUCUUUGUGUGCGGAAAUAUUAGAAAAGCCACACAAAACUUGCAUGGAACUGAUGCAUGUAUUGGCGUGUUUAUUUUGUCGACAGCCAUCUCGCGAUAAAAAUGUCCCAAUAUUACCCCCUCUUCCUCCUACUGCCACUGAAAUCCUGGAAAAGCAUAACAAAAGGACCCUUGAGGUCUAUACAACUUAUGUCAAGACUUUUGCAGCGGAGUACUGCAAUGAUACCGCUGACAAUAUCUUGCCCUUUAGUCAUUCUGUGUGUGGCGGCACCGGAGGACCAACUCCAAUACAGCCACUUCCACCCACACUUGCUAGAUCAUCUUUUGUUGCUCUCUCCGGUCCAGAUGACAAAUUCACCUCUAUAUCCGAUCUGGCAGACUCUGUCCGUAGUAGAAUAUUCCUUGAAAACGCAGCUGUGCCUUACUUGGAUACCAGCGAAAACACCCCUCUCAACUCAUACCUUCUCGACUUUUACCGGCAUGGGGAGGUCGUAACUCUCGUAAGACAAAACGCCGUCCGCCGUAGCGACAUUUGGUUCGUGCUCAAUGACUUCAGUCUUGUCCUUGCUACCAUCGUCACCAGCCUCAGCAACUUUUUAGUUUGCGUGGACGAUGACGACGCUGCUGAUGCUGCUGGCUUGGGUGACGCUGAGGAUUUCCUUAUCACCAAAGAAAAGUCCUCUGAUAUGAAUCUCGAGGGAGAUGGUAGUGAAGACUUUGGGGACGAGGAUUAUGUGGAUAGAUUUGAAACGAUGAACCUGAGGAAGAGCGAUAUGGAGCUAGUCAAAGUCUUGAGGGCAUUCCAGCUGCUGAAAACCACGUUUGAUGAAAAGUUCAAAGCAAUGUGGGCUUGA